UAUUUUUGUACAUUCUAAAAACAGAGCAGACGUUGGAGAUGGUGAGAUCCGAUUACUUUCAGCGAUGAUUGCUUAAUGGAUUUACAACUGUUUAACAGAGAAGAAAAAAGUUAAAGCAGGACGAUUCCCUUUAAGAAAUAGUGUUACACUCUGGAUUUUUUGUAGUCUCCUUACGCUUUCCUCGGAUACGGACUGGGUGCCUGACUCGCUGUUCUGCCAGCGACGAAGUGGAGUGUAGGUGCGCUUUUACGGCUCUUGGGCGACUCGGAUAGACACCACCGGUUCCAGCAGCAGCAUCCAGUCGAGGGACUGUCACGACACUGACGCUGUUGAGAUCAAAGGUGCAGCAUAUGAUGUUCAUUAAGAUUGGUAAAUUGCACACUGCAUAUUUAUGUAUAGGGAUAUAACAUCUCCAUUGGAUUAAAAAUUCUUCAUUAGUCUGGAGUGCGCAGACACCUUAACUUUAAAAGGGUGUAGGAAGACAAGAAAGGAGAAGGUGGGGAAACAGGUAAAAUAAUGGCAAGGCAGAACUGAAAUCCAGGACCCAAAUCAGUGAUUGUGGGAUACAUUUUUAGAGCCAGGCUAAUGUUCUCUCCUGACCAAGAAAACAUCUCUGCCACCAAAGUGCCCAUUAAAUAUGGGGAACUUAUUGUACUGGGGUACAAUGGUUCUUUGCCUAACGGAGACAGAGGAAGACGGAAAAGUCGAUUUGCUUUGUGCAAGAGAACAAAGGCUAAUGGAGUGAAGCCCAGCACGGUUCAUGUUGCCUGCACACCUCAAGCUGCCAAGGCAAUUAGCAACAAGGACCAACACAGCAUCUCUUACACUCUUUCCAGAGCUCAGACUGUAGUAGUGGAAUAUACCCAUGAUGCUAACACCGAUAUGUUCCAGAUUGGACGAUCAACUGAGUCACCUAUCGAUUUUGUUGUCACCGAUACAGUCCCUGGAAGUCAGAGCAAUUCAGACACCCAGUCAGUUCAAAGCACCAUUUCUAGAUUCGCAUGCAGAAUCAUCUGUGAAAGAAAUCCUCCCUACACAGCCAGGAUAUACGCCGCUGGGUUUGACUCCUCCAAGAAUAUUUUUCUUGGUGAAAAAGCUGCCAAGUGGAAAACAUCCGAUGGACAGAUGGAUGGACUAACUACAAAUGGGGUCCUUGUGAUGCAUCCACGAAAUGGAUUUGUGGAAGACUCAAAGCCAGGGGUUUGGAGGGAGAUAUCAGUGUGUGGGAAUGUAUUCAGUCUACGAGAGACCAGAUCAGCUCAGCAAAGAGGGAAAAUGGUUGACAGUGAGACAAAUGAACUGCUGGACGGCUCGCUCAUUGACCUUUGCGGGGCCACAUUGUUAUGGCGUACAGCUGAAGGCCUGUCACACACACCAACAGUGAAGCACCUUGAGGCCUUACGACAAGAGAUCAAUGCAGCGAGGCCUCAGUGUCCUGUGGGCUUUAACACUCUUGCCUUUCCCAGCAUGAAAAGGAAGGAAGUGGUGGACGAGAAGCAGCCUUGGGUCUACCUCAACUGUGGUCAUGUUCAUGGUUAUCACAACUGGGGCAACAAGGAAGAGAGAGACGGCAAGGACCGCGAGUGCCCUAUGUGCCGUUCCAGGGGGCCCUACGUGCCACUGUGGUUGGGCUGUGAAGCUGGUUUCUAUGUGGAUGCAGGGCCACCGACACAUGCAUUUAGCCCCUGUGGCCACGUCUGCUCUGAGAAAACUGUAGCUUAUUGGUCGCAGAUUCCCCUGCCUCAUGGCACCCAUACUUUUCAUGCAGCGUGCCCUUUCUGUGCACAGCAGCUAAUGGGGGAGCAAGGCUACAUUAGACUUAUAUUCCAAGGACCUGUGGACUAGAGGUUUUUGUAAUAUGCAUAUUAUAUUAAAGCUUAUGCAUUAUAAGCUAUAUCUUUUCCAUUUUUCUUGAAAAAUACAUUUUGGGACUUUUUUAAAGUGACCUUUUAUUCCUUUUAGUGUGUGCUGCCCAACUGAGGUAUACAGUACAUUUACAGAGUAUAUAUGUAAACGCUGCCUUGUGAACGUCUCCACACCUUUGCGCUUUUCUAACAUUCUUCUGGCUAAUGAGGUAAUUAAAAUGCAUUCAGUUAGGAGUCCAUUUCCCAUAUCUACUUAAGACACCACAUUUGAGCCUUAAAUAAAUGAGCAGACCCCCAUGUCCCUGUGUUAGGAUAUAGCGGGUAUGGAGACUGACUAAACGAUACAAGAAGUGAUUAGCAAUUGCUCAAAUUUCUACUUGUCGCAUCACUACUCUGCUCUGAAAGCCUUGUGUCAUUGUGGCUUUGCACAAUGUGACUAGCAGAGUAACUCGAGCUUGCCUGCCGACUGCCCAUCAUUAGGUCCUAACACAGAUUGCCUGUAGCACCGACCAGGCCAUUUGAGGACUCAACCACACUACAUUGUUUUACUUAGACAUUAUAAUCUUUAUACUGACAAAAGAUGAGUCUUUGUCCCCAAUCUCUGGGCUUUUGCAGGCUGAAGCAGGUUUUCCUUCUUAACUCUUCAAAAGUCUCCCCAUCUCUGCUGCUACAGAGCAUCCCAAAACUGUGCCUUUGGGUGCUUGAUCCUGGGUUUUUGUGCCAGCUUUUUCUGCUUUGCCGCUGCUUCCAUUUCACGCAAUGUUAUAAGAAUAUAGGGUGAACAUUAUAAAGCCAUGUGCUCCUUGAGGAGACUAAUGGUUUAAAAAAAGUAUGAAUGAGAUAUUGGGGUGACUUAGCUAUUAGGUAACCUGUCUUGAUGGACUCCUCUUGUCUGUCUUGUGCAUUUCCAGUUGGCCUGCCUUAUCCUUCACUUUGGCAUCUGUGGUUUUGGCCCACCAUAGUUUGAAAUUAUUU